CUGAAAGAGGAAACAUUUCUCUACAAAAUCCACGGCCAAAUGAUAUUUUAACCGUGAAGGUGAUGGAACGGCCAUCAAAUCUUUUACCGGGACCAGAAAAUUUUUUUGGUCCCGAUGCCCAUCUCUACCUAUAACAUACUCAUCUACUCAUUCUCUUACUGGUUUUUAUCCUUUUGGACCAACCUGAGUCAAAAAUGUUUUGGUUAUUUUGACUUUAAAGCAAUUAUUUUGUAUAAAACAAAUUCCAACAGUUUGUUGUACAUAUCGCGAACACGGUAGUGAAGAGAAAGAAAAUUAUAGUAUGUAUGAUAACCUUUCAUUAACAUGAAAAACAAUUGGAAUCAGGGGUCUCAGAUCUUCUGAUUUUGGUAGAAAAAUUCUGAUUUUUGGAACUUAUUCUCCCUCGUUUCUACUCUUUUUUUCCCUAAGAGACUGAUUUUCUACUUCUUUUUCUCAGGUUUUUCUGAUUUUGGACUUUUGACAAAUAUUUGACACUAUCUGUAUGAGAUUCCUGAAAUCGCAGAAAUUACUAAAUAGCAGAUCAGGAACAACAUGAAACAACUGGCAAAAUCCCUUGUUCAUCUAAAACAUAUAACAAGCAUUCCUUUAUUCGUGAGAUGUUUGUUUUUAUCUGUGAUAUUUAUAGUGCAUGCUAAUUAUUUGAAACAACCGAGUUAGAAACCUCAGAGAAAUACUGUGUAUAUGUAUGAGAGAGAGCAAAAUCUUUCGUCAUUUUAGACAUGAAUCUAUCUCGUAAUAAUUCAGAAUCCUUAGGUGAAUGAAAAAAAUUAUACAUCUUACAAUGAGAUGUGACCAACAUUAUUCGAGAUAAGCAAUGCGCGAUUUUAGAUGAACUAACAAAAUUUUCUUCUUUAUUAUAAACACUCAUGCUUGGUUUGAUGAUUAAUGAACCAGAUGAACAUUUAGAAUACAUUAUUAAUAAUUUGUUAAAAGUGUGUGAUCUGUAUUGUAGUUUCUUCAUGAUAAAUGUUUUCAUAGAUAUAUUUUUAUUUUUUGUAGAUUAAAAGUGAAAAGUUGCCGAUAAAAUGGGACACAUUCAUAGAAAUGAAUAAAAAGUAAUACACAUCUAUUUUGUUCAAUAUAACGAUGCUAAUUUUACUAGAUAUGUCUUCCAUAUAUUGUUGUACCGUUUUCUUCAUUCAUUUUUAAUAUUAUUUAUUAUUUUAUUUUAUUUUUUUGAUAUUGUUUUUCAAAUAAACCUGCUGAUAAUUUCUUAAACCCGUCUUGUGUUCUAUUCAAUAAAUUUUCAUCAGUCUUCCAGUUUAAAUUCAACUACAUGAUUAUGUGUAGAAAAACUGUAUAAUACAAAAUCGAUGUUAGUGUUCAUUUCAGAUUAUUUAAAAUGGCAAAUACUAGUACAUUAAAUGCAGCGAAUUAUAUGACAAAGAAGAAUAUAGCAGAGCUAUUUGAGGCGCUUAUGACCGCGUUAAUGAUCCAUAAGCCAGAGGAUCAUAUAUCAUUUAUUAAAGAGUGUCUUAAUAAGGUAGAGAAUACUCAAGGACAUAUCCGAUGGGAUCUCUUUGUGGAUGCUAAUCUGUCAAAACAAGAACAACAACCAUUGCCACCUAUUCGUGUACCAGCACCUGCAGUGCAAAAAAUGGAAAAGUGUUCUUUUCCGGAAAAAUUCGAAUUGGCUGUUGCUCCUCGAGCAAACAAGAAACCCCCUGUUUUACCGCCAAUUGAAACCAAAUCAACGUCUUGUCCAAUUAUAUUUCUAAUUGGUGAUAUCAUUGAUUCUGAAAAACUAUGUUUAAAAUUAACCAAACGAUAUCCAGGAUUAAUUCAUUUGUCAAUUCAUUGUAACGAUAUCAAUGAUGAUUUAUCUCCACGAACAUCAUCAGAUACAGUAUUUGAUUUUAUUCAUCAAGAAAUUGAGAAACAUCGGCAAUCAAAUGCAAGAGGAUUUCUUGUUGAGGGUGAUAUGUCUGAUCUUGAAGAAUUGGAUAAAUGGGAAAAUAAACUUGGACACAUUAAUUUAAUUCUCGUAUUAAAAAGUGAAUUAACAAAUGCCUUAUCUUCUGGAAAUGAAAAGAUCAAACUUAUUACGAGUAAUAAUGAAAAUGAUAUGUUUCUCUUACUUGAUCCAGUUAUGCAUUACGUUGAAGAAAAAUUUUUAGAUUCGACAACAACAGCAAACCAUCAUUCAUUUGAACCAAAAAUAUCAAGUUUAUCAAUUUUAUUUUUAAUUGAUAAUCAUUUUGUAACAACGAAUGAUGAUACAGGUGAAUUAAUUAUUGAUGAAGAGAUGAAUUGUGAUGAUGAACAAGAAGAUGAAAAUAAUUCAUUUAUUUCAACAUUAUGUGAACGUAUUGCACAGGAUUUUUCAUUGAAACAUAUCACUUGUGAUCAAACAAUAUGUAAAAUAUCUCAAAAUUUUGAUCAAUUAAAAAAUAAAAUUAUUGAUUCAAUGAGUACAACAACCGGGUACAUUGUUGAUCAUUUUCCAUCAUCGCUUAAUGAUCUAAUACGUUUUAAAGAUGAGAUUGGUCCAUAUUCUGCUUUGAUUUUCGUUGGUGAUGAUCGCAAUGAACCAAAAACAGUUGAAGAUGAAAUUAUUAAAUAUUUUAAAAAUGAAAACAAAGCGAUUCAUGUUGACUGUCGAUUAGAAGUGGAUGAAAUUUAUCCUGAUCUUAAACCGAUGAUAGAAAAAUAUUUGCAUUGCAUUUAUUUUGCUAGUGCAUUUUAUCCUGGAAAGAUAAAACUGCUCUAUGCACAAAAUGCAAAUACCGAAAUUGCAAAAGAUUAUAUUUCAAAACGAAAAAUUCCAGAGCUGUUUGAGAGUCUACUCACUGGACUCAUGGUGCAUAAGCCAGAUGAUCAUAUCGACUUUAUUAUAGACUCAUUAGCACGUUAUAAAUCAGAGAACCAAGCAUUAAAAUGGGAUUUAUUUAUUGGACAUAAAGGUGGCGUGCAAACGUUAGCACCAUUAAAAAAAGCGAAUGCACAAAAUCAUGACCAACCAUCAACAUCACAGCAACAACAACAACAACAAUCGAUGUCAUAUACUGCCACGAAUGGAAAGAGUGAACAUGAUGUUGGAGGUGGAUUGAAUCGUCGAGCUAAAUUAGAUUCAAUACCAGCCGGAAAACAUGAUGCACAAAAAGAAACGAAAAAAGUUUCAAUUGAUACUCAACGAUUAAAAGAUAAAAAGCUGAUCUUGGUUAUUGGCGGACCAGGAAGUGGAAAACGUACACAAUCGGAGAAAAUUGCUCAAAAAUACAAUUAUAUACAUAUAUCUACGGCCGACUUGAUUAAAUCAGAUUCUCAAUCCAAAGAUUUUCCCGCGGAUUUCAUCACAGAUUUAGUAGGUGAAAAGAUGAUGACAACAGCGGAUCAUACAAGUGGUUACGUUAUCGAUAGUCAACCGAAUGAAACACGAUUUGGCGUAACAUUUGAACGAAGAGUUGUUCCAUUUUCAAUGGUAUUUUAUCUUGAUGCUUCCGAUCAAAUACUGUCACAACGUCUGAAUAAAAGUCGAUCUAAUUAUAACAUUGAAAAUUUUCAUGAUUAUGUUGAUCCACUUACUCAACAUUAUCAAGAUGAAAAUAAACUUGUUAAAGUGGAUGCCUCACGCGGUAUCGAUGAAGUAUUUAAAAAUAUUUGUAGUGCAUUAGAUAAAGGACUAAAAAGUUUAAAUUCGCCACGAACAGAAGUAUCAUCACAUUCUUCUGAACGAUUAUCAGCUAACCAAGAAAAUCUAUUGAAAGGCAAACCGAUUCUUUUUGUUGGUGGUGGACCUGGAUCAGGCAAAGGUACACAAUGUGAAAAAAUUAUUGAAAAAUAUGGCUUUACGCAUUUGAGUGCUGGUGAUCUGAUACGAGCUGCUGUAGAAGGAAAUUCAGCAAAAGGAAAAUAUUUUAAUGAAAUGAUGCAACAAGGCAAAUUAAUCUCAACUGAAGAUAUCUUAGGAUUACUUAAGGAUGCCAUUUUUGAAAGAGCUGAAGAAGCUACGGGCUUUUUAAUUGAUGGUUUUCCUCGAAGAAUUGAUCAAGGUAUACAAUUUGAAAAUGAUGUUACACCGUGUGAUUUGUUAAUUUAUUUCGAUUUACCUGACGAUAUUAUGACACAAAGAUUAGUUAAACGGGGUGAGACAAGUGGAAGAAUCGAUGAUAAUGAAGAGACAAUUAAAAAACGGCUGGAUACAUUUCAUGAACAAACAACACCACUUCUCGGUUAUUACGGAAAACAAGGAAAACUUGUUACAAUUGAUUCUAAUCGUUCACCAGAUGAAAUAUUUGAGGAUGUACAGAAUUCUAUUGAUCGUUUAAUGGAACAAAAGGGUCUAAGAUUCUUACCAGGGUUAUUUAGUCAAAGUCAGAGGCGGCGGAACGUUCCCGAAUGGGAUAAGGCUCACGUCAUUGAACGAAAACCUGACAUAUCCAAAUUAAAAAAUACUAAAAUUAUCUUCGUAUGUGGUGGUCCGGGAAGUGGAAAAGGUACUCAAUGUGAUUACAUUGUUCAAAAGUAUGGUUACACACAUCUUUCUACUGGCGAUUUAUUGCGGGAAGCCGUACAAUCAAAAUCAGAACGUGGUGAACAAUUGAAUGAUCUUAUGAAAGAAGGAAAACUUGUACCUAUGGAUGUAGUAUUAGAUUUAUUGAAAGAAGGUAUGCUAAAGAAAGCUGAUUCUACAAAAGGAUUUUUGAUUGAUGGAUAUCCAAGAGAAGUAGAACAAGCCAUAAAAUUUGAACGACAAAUUGCUCCAUGUAAUCUUGUAUUGUAUAUCAAUGCUAAUGAUCAAACAAUGACAGAUCGUUUAUUAAAUCGUGGAAAAACGAGCGGACGUGUAGACGAUAAUAUUGAAACAAUCAAAGCACGAUUGAAAACAUUUCAUGAUGCCACAGAACCGGUCAUUCAUUAUUAUGAACAACAAGGAAAAUUAGCUGCAAUAAAUUCAGAGUUAAAACCAGAAGAUGUAUUUAACGAAGUACAAUCGGUAUUAGAUAAAAUAUCUUAA